CCUGGUUCCUGGGCAGGUGACACUCACAGGCCAAUUUUGGAAAUUACAUAUGCAAGCUUGAUUUCCAUUAUAUAUCCACCUUCAUUUCCAAAGGAAGAAGGGGAAGUUCCUAAUGAGUAUAGUAUAGGGAGUUCAAGCAAGCUCCAAAUUUCACGAUUUAGGGAGCGCAGGGUCGUUGUUUACAAAGGGGAGGAGCAGGCGGCUGAGCAGCCGGAGCUGAGCUGGUGGCUUCUCUCCGGUGCUGGAUGGAAAGUCAGACGGGUAGAAGACAGGCAAAAAUGCUAUCGAAAUGCAAAUCUCUGUGUAUCUGGAACAGGUCUGGUACUGUACUGGAAGACCUGGCCAGCAACCAUUACCCGGUGUUCCAUCGGCACACUCUAACCCUAAGGGAGCUGCUCAUGUAAUUCAAGACUUAAUGGCCAAUCAGAACCUUGAGUCGGACCUGUCAGUCAGAAAAGGAGGCGGGAUCUUCCGGGUGCCUUGCUGCAGCUUCAGCUAUAUAACUGAGCAGGCUUGAAAAGUUCUGUUUGUUUAUUUGUUUAUUUGUUUGUUUUUGUUUUUCUGAGGGCUGCUGCUGUGUGCUGAGAGGGAAGCUCUGGCAAGCCCCUAAUUCGCGACAUGAAUGGAAUGACCUAUGAUGAUGUGCAUGUAAACUUCACUGGAGAAGAGUGGGCUUUGCUGGAUCCUUCCCAGAAGAAACUCUACAAGGAGGUGAUGCUGGAAACCUACAGGAACCUCACUGCUAUAGGUUACAGUUGGGAAGACCGUAAUAUUGACCAUUUUCAAGGUUCUAGAAGACAUGGAAGGCAUGAAAAACGCCAUACUGGAGAAAAACCUGUAUAUACUCAAUGUGAUAAAGCAUUUGCAUAUCACAGUCAUCCUCAAAACCAUCACCGAAUUCAUACUGGAGAGAAACCCAAUGAAGAUAUUCAACAUGGUAAAGCCUUUGCACAUCACAGUCACCUUCAAAGGCAUGAAAGAAUUCAUACUGGAGAGAAACCUUAUGAAUGCAAUCAGUGUGGUAAAGCCUUUGCACAUCGUAGUUACCUUCGAAAGCAUAAAAGAAUUCAUAGUGGAGAGAAACCCCAUCAAUGUAAUCAAUGUGGUAAAGCCUUUGCAUGUCACAGUAAUCUCCGAAUACAUAAAAGAACACAUACUGGAGAGAAACCUUAUGAAUGUAAUCAAUGUGGUCAAGCCUUUGCAUGUCAAGGUAAUCUCCGAUUACAUAAAAGAACACAUACUGGAGAGAAACCCUAUGAAUGUAAUCAAUGUGGUCAAGCCUUUGCAUCUCACAGUCAUCUCCAAAUACAUAAACGAACACAUACUGGAGAGAAGCCCUACAAAUGUAAUCAGUGUGAUAAAGCCUUUUCACAAGGCAGUUCUCUACAAAUACAUAAAAGAACACAUACUAGAGAGAAACCCUAUGAAUGUAAUCAAUGUGGUAAGUCCUAUAUAUGUCACAGUAGUCUCCGAAUACAUAAAAGAACACAUACUGGAGAGAAACCCUAUGAAUGUAAUCAAUGUGGUAAAGCCUUUGCAAGUCAUAGUACUCUCCGAAUACAUAAAAGGACACAUACUGCAGAGAAACCCUAUGAAUGUAAUCAAUGUGGUAAAGCCUUUAGGAGGCACAAUACUCUCCAAAUACAUAAACGAACACAUACUGGAGAGAAACCCUACAAAUGUGAUCAAUGUGAUAAAGCCUUUUCACAACAAGGUCAUCUCAGAAUACAUAAAAGAACACAUAGUGGAGAGAAACCUUAUGAAUGUAAUCAGUGUCGUAAAGCUUUUGCACGUCAGAGUCAUCUUCAAAUUCAUGAAAGAAUUCAUACUGGAGAGAAACCUUACAGAUGUAAUCAAUGUGAUAAAGCCUUUGCACAAUAUGGUAGUCUUCAAAUACAUAAAAGCACACAUACUGCUGAGAAACCCUACAAAUGUAAUGAAUGUGGUAAAGCUUUUUCACAACAUAGUUAUCUCCGAAUACAUAAAAGAACACAUACUAGAGAGAAACCCUUUGAAUAAGCAAUGUGGUAAAGCCUUUGUGUGUAAUCUUUGAAAUCAAGAGCAAAUUAAUACUGCAGAUGAACCCUAUAAAUAUAGUCAGUGUGAUAAAGUUUUGCACUUUGUGGCAUCAUCAAGAGAAAAACCUUUGAUGUUAUCAAUCUGUUAAAGACUUUGCACUUCACAGUAGUUUUGAGUGCUGAUAAAACUCACAGUGAAUGAAUCUAUGACGAUAAAGGAUUUGAUAUUUAGCCAACACAUUUACAUUAAAUUACAGAAAAUUAUUCAGGGGAAUAAAUCUGACAAGUGUCAACAACAUAUUCAAACAUUAUGUUACUCUUUAUUAUGCCCUGAUGACCUGGAAGAGAUAUAAGAUUGCUUGCUUCAGAAGUAUCUGAGGCCUUGGCACUUUAAAGAUGUUUCAGAGUCUAAAUCUCUACAAAAUGAAAAAGAGUGAAAAGAAAGAUCAGGAGGGAAACUGACAAGUCUUAAAAAGUGGCUGAGCACUUGACCAAUGCCACAAGACAGUUUAUCUCAAAUGUGGUAAGAAGACAGCAGUGGGAGCCAAUAAGGACACAUGUAACUUGUAUCCCUGCUGGAGUUUAUGUCUUCCAUGAGGAGAGGAAAGAAAUUUGCAGACAUGAAGACUGACUUGUCUGAACAGGUUGGUAUUCUGCUUCUCUGAAGCCUGUAAAAUUCUGUUAGGAGGACAUCAGGAGAUCCUGAGACUUAAACAGAAGUGAGACUGGAGCAAUCAUGCCAUUGCAAAGAGCUGUGCAAGGUAUGGAUGAACUAUGAAGGGGAGAGCUUUGGAUUUGAAAGCCAAAGGAUCAAAAGACUAGAGGGUGAUGCUCAGGGUGUACUUGAGCACAAGCUGACUCCAAUGGUGCUCUCUGCAUCCACUUAGCUGUGGUGGGUCAGCCCCUCCACAUCUUACACUCUUUCCUUAUUCUUGGCAACUACAAUGUAGCUUCCAGUAAGAGCACUGUGCUCCUUCCCUGACAGUCCCCUCCCAUUCAUUAAUCAUAACCUGCUUCCCUGGGAAGAGUAAGGAUAUUCUAAAGAGCUAUCUCUCACUUUGGGUAACAAUUAGUGAAACAGUGGACUGCAUGAAAUUCAAAUUUCCUGGGUAAUUACAUUCUGUGUAAGACUGAGUCCUCCAGAGAAAAAUGCUUCUGCUGAAGAAACAUUUGCACAUUGCAGAAGACAGAGGAGCUAAGAAUGCGGUAGGGUUUGAGCAAUGGCUAGCAAAUUUUUAUAAUAUUUGGCUGAAUUACUUUGUAUCUAUCUCUUUCCUUCCACCUAAAUAUGUUAUUACCCCCAAGGACUGAAUAGUUUGCUUCUAUUCUUGUCAUUAUUUCAAUUUAGUCACACUCAAUAAAUAUU